AUGGGCAAAGUUCACGGCUCCCUCGCUCGUGCCGGCAAAGCAAUCCUUAACCCGAAAAACUUGGCGACUCGAAAGGGGAAAACCUUUGGCCACUUCAAAGCGAAUCGCAAUUCGGGACGUGAGAGAACAAGCGAGAAAAAAAGGCAAUGCCAGGCAGGAUUCGUACCACCGGACCCGACUGUGGCGCUCGAGCAGUCGAUACGAUCGAGGGUCAUUGGUAGAAGGAAAACGUUGCAACAUCGACUUCUCGGCCCACAUGCCGACUUGGAUGUCAUGGCAAGCGACUUCCACAACGCUGUAGCUCAGCUUUGUUCUCUACGUCCUUUGGCUUGCGAGGAUUCAGACUUUUCCCGAAAAUGGGACGACAUUGGAUUUUUGACUGGACGGAGUACUGACGCACCACAACAGAAAGUUGAGAAGCAGGAGAAGAAGAAGACGCCCAAGGGCCGUGCCAAGAAGCGGUUGACGUACACCAGACGUUUCGUGAACGUCACCCUGACCGGCGGCAAGCGCAAGAUGAACCCCAACCCCACCGCAUAA